GUUGGCUCGGCGUCAUUAGCCAUCUCGCCGUCCGACGCCCAGACCGACCAUGAGCCCGAACGCCCACUCGCGCCUCGACCGCAUUGGCAGCCAGAUCUCGCCCGCGGUCGCCAUUGACGACGAGACGGUCUUCCAGGCCCGCGUCAAGGCCACGGCUGCCUUCAUCGCCCAGGAGCGCUUCAAGCACACGACCCGCCCGUAUGGCCCCGAAGACGUGGUCAAGCUCCAGGGCACGUUUGAGACGGCGUACGCCUCGACGCAGCAGGCGGUCAAGCUCUACACGAUGCUUCGCCAGCUCCAGGCCGAGGGCAAGUGCAGCCACACCUUUGGUGCGCUCGACACGAUCCAGGUCGUCCAGAUGGCCAAGCACCUCACGUCGGUGUACGUGAGCGGCUGGCAGUCGUCGUCGACGGCGUCGACCUCGAACGAGCCCGGCCCGGAUGUCGCCGAUUACCCCAUGGACACGGUCCCCAACAAGGUCGACCAGCUCUUCCGCGCUCAGUGCUUCCACGACCGCAAGCAGUUUGAAGCCCGCCGCCGCAUGACGCCCGCGCAGCGCGCCGCGUCGGCCCCCGUGGACUACCUCCGCCCCAUCAUUGCCGACGCCGACACGGGCCACGGUGGCCUCACGGCGUGCAUGAAGCUCGUCAAGAUGUUUAUCGAACGCGGCGCGGCUGGCAUCCACUUGGAAGACCAGAAGCCGGGCACCAAGAAGUGCGGCCACAUGGGCGGCAAGGUCUUGGUAACGACGGCCGAGCACAUUACGCGCCUCAUUGCGGCCCGCCUCCAAGCCGACGUCAUGCAGGUCCCCCUCGUCAUUGUUGCUCGCACGGAUGCCGAAGCCGCGACGCUCCUCGACAACAACUCGGACCCGCGCGACCACGCGUUCAUCCUCGGUGCCACCAACCUCAGCGUCGAGUCGUACGCCGAGGCGGCCCGCAACGGCCGCGCCGAGUCGUGGGACAAGCUCGCCGGCUGCAUGACGUACCCCGCCGCGCUCCGCAAGCAGCUCAACGCGGCCGCGGUCGCUGCCUUUGACAAGGGUCUGGACAACGGCUCGAUCCUCGGCCUCGAGGGCAUGAAGAAGUUUGCGUCGCAGCACGGCGUGACGGUCUCGUUUUGCUGGGAGAAGGCCCGCACGGUCGAGGGCUACUACCGCGUGCAGGGCGGCGUCGAGUUCUGCAUCUCGCGCGCGCGCGCCUACGCGCCGUACUGCGACCUGAUUUGGAUGGAGACGACGGUGCCGGGCCUCCCGCUCGCGCGCACGUUUGCCAACGGCGUGCACUCGCAGCACCCGCACCAGAUGCUCGCGUACAACCUGUCGCCGUCGUUCAACUGGGACGCGGCCGGCAUGUCGGACGCGCAGAUCCGCACGUUUAUCGACGACCUCGGCGCCAUGGGCUACACGUGGCAGUUUAUCACGCUCGCCGGUUUCCACAGCGACUCGCUCGGCAUCACGCGCUUUGCCCGCGACUAUGGCACGCGCAAGAUGCUCGCGUACGUCGAGGGCGUCCAGCGCGCCGAGCGCCAGGAAGGCGUCGAGACGCUCAAGCACCAGGGCUGGUCGGGCACGGAGCUCAUUGACGCGAUGCAGAACACGGUCACGGGCGGCCUCAGCUCGACCAACACCAUGUCGAGCGGCGUCACCGAGUCGCAGUUUUAGACGCUAGACCUUUUUUGCAUCCUUUUAAACCCCUAUAACCAAUUUCUACGCCCU